AAUCUCAACGGAGCCGCUACGAACGCUGUGAAACACCGUCUGUGACGUCACCGUUUCUUCCUCACUACAUCACCACCGUGUAUAAUACACAUUGAGAGAGGCGUUGGCUGAGGGUGAGUAAUUGUACGUUUUUGGCGACGUACAGGGCGCUUACGUUACUUGUCUGUAAAAGCAACAGUUCUAUCGUUUUAAUAAAGUUUUCAUCGACUUUUUUUCUAAAUCCAAUAGUUAUUCUAAAAUGGAUUUACAUUUAAAAAUGUUAUCUAAAAAACUGAAGAAUCGUGGGAAUCACAGUUAGUCUAAAAAAUGACGGACUAACCCCGUAAACACACUGUAUACUAACGUACUCGUGUGCACUACUCUCUGCGAUACCGGUAACAGAGGGCUCUACUAAAUGGAACGGGCAAGGCCGGAGGUGUUCUUCCACUACCGUUAUGGCGUGGCUACCUACCCGUUCGCCAAUGUCUUUGUAUUGAUCAACCUUACCGCGCGUCCCGUUGAACAGUAAGCGGCAAGGCGGCGGUCCACGCACACGCAAUGCCAACGAAAAACGGCAAAAUAAUUAGCCACAGACGAACCAUGGUAGUGUUCGAACAUUCCCAUCGAAUUUCGUCGUAAUCGUAUUUAAACACUUGGAGUUGCACGAUUAUUCUAUAAUUUACCGCGGGACACGAGAGUAGUACUACUCCACAGCUGAAUCCUUAAAAAUUAAUACAUAUAAAACGGUACUUAUGGAUGUGGCGGCUACGGCGUUGCACCGAACAGACGAACUGCAACACUUCAAGUCAUAAGAAAUCGUCGGCACGAUUUAUUAAAUAAUACAAUAAAUUCCUAUCCGGCAUGCCGGAACAAAGUAACGACUACCGGGUGGUAGUGUUCGGCGCCGGUGGCGUAGGGAAAAGUUCGUUGGUGUUGAGGUUCGUCAAGGGAACGUUCCGCGAAUCUUACAUACCCACCAUCGAAGACACGUACCGACAAGUGAUAAGCUGUAACAAGAACAUAUGCACGUUGCAGAUCACCGACACCACGGGGUCUCACCAGUUCCCAGCGAUGCAGCGGCUGUCGAUAUCUAAAGGACACGCUUUUAUAUUGGUCUACUCGUGUACUUCCAGACAGUCAUUAGAGGAACUCCGACCCAUAUGGCAGGUGAUUAAAGAAACAAAAGGUGCUACAGAACUUUCAUCUAUACCGAUUAUGUUAGUGGGCAACAAGUGUGAUGAAAACGAUACGAGGGAAGUGACGGCUGAAGAUGGCGACGCAGAGGCUCGGCGGUGGGGCUGUCACUUUAUGGAAACUUCGGCCAAAACUAAUCACAACGUAAAGGAGUUGUUUCAGGAGCUGCUCAAUUUAGAGAAAAACAGGAACAUAUCGUUGCAGCCGGAAAAGAAAUCUAUGCGAGGUCGCAAAAUUCGGGAAAAGUGUAUGCUUAUGUAGUAUAUAAUAACGUUCAUCGGAUUUGGACUACAUAACAUUUAGUUCUAUAAGUUUUACGCUGGAGUUCUUAUCGAUUUUGUAACUUUUUGAUCGUUUCACAAACCGUAACUAUAGAAAAUAUGAAGCAUGUCAACGUGAUACUAUUUCCAAAAAUUUGUUUGUGAUAGCAGCAAACAAUUAGUUUAUAAAAAAAUGCUCGUUGCAAUAAUUUGUUGCCAAGAUGUAAUAUUUAACAACCAGGGUCUAUGUAGCUCACCAGAAAAAAUCUUUAGGUUGGUUUUUAGUUUAUUGCAAUUUGUAAUACCAAUACAAAAUCUAAGAGACAAUUAAAAAUAAUAUUAAUUUAUAACAUGUUAAGGAAAUUCAGAAUCAAUACUAGUAUAAAACCAACCAGCUUGUAAAUUUUAUAGCUAAAAAAUAUCUAUUUAAAAACAACUAAAAACCAAACAAAAAUAAUUAUUCAUUUUGUUAGAGACUGAUAAAUGCUAAAUUAACAACACCAAUUUAUUAUGUUAGCAAAGGUGAGUUGUGUUGACAAUACAAAUAGCAUGAUUUAUAUGAGGUGAAAGUAAAAAUGAAUUUUUAUUUACUUAGAAUUUUAAAGCUACUUAAUGGCAUUUUAUUAUUGUAAUUCAUGUGAUCAUGAGCAGAAUAUAGGACCAAAAUACUUAGUAGUUUAUUACGUUCAAAGUUUUACUGUUUUAAUUGUAUAAAUUAAUUUAAGUAGACAAUUUUUAUAAAAAAAUAAUAGUGAAUAAUCAUACAUAACAACCAGGUAGGUAUCCAAUAGAAAUUAAAGUUGUGUAAAACAAGUAGAUACAUAUAUUAUAGUACAAUUAUAAUUAUAUGAUGAUAUUUUUUGUUUUAAUUUGAAUUUGAAUGGCGACUAUAAUAUAAAAUGAUAUAGUUUGUGUUAUUAAGAUCGUGUAGAUUAGUAAAAAUCCAAAGAGUGACAUAAUAUACUAUGUGGUAGAUACACAAAAUCUUUUUUGAAUUCAAUUGGUGCCUACUUGAUUGUAUUAUGUAUAACAUUAAUAUUCAUGUCAUGAGCUCAUUAUUUAAUGAAGAAACAAUUAUUACUCGUUUUAAUUAUUAAAUUAUUUCCUAAUAUUUUUAGGUAAGAUAUUUGCUUAUCUUUUUAUUGAGAUAUCAUAUAUUGUAUGUUGCACUGUGUAAAUAAUAUUUUAUUAAAUAAUGUAGUUAAUUAGUAAUGAUAAUUAUAUUUUUAAAUACAAGAAAUUUGGUAAUUUUUGUUUUUUAGUCAAGUUAAAUAUGUUUAAAGUACAUAUAAGUAUACAAUUAUUUAUAAUGGUUACAGCUUAAACAGUUGAUUUGUUACUCUAGUCAAGUAAGUCAAAAAUGUUGGCGAUAUCAUGAUUAUUAUUAAUGGAUGUAAGUAAAUGUAUCAUUCAUUCAUUUAAUAAGAUCACAUUAUAGUUCCAGAUAAAAAUGUUUUUCCGAAAAAUAUAUAACAGAAUGACAGAAAUGGAUAAGACAUUAAUUUUUUUGGAUUCUAUUAAACAUUAUAAAUUGUCAUAAAAGAAAAAAUUCUACAAUAGUAUGUAGUUAAGUAAUUUUUUAUUAAUCUCUUUAAGGUUAAAAAACCUAAACUUUAAUUUUCUUUAAUGUAAAUCGCUACUUUUAGUUAGAUUAUGUAAUAAAAAAAAAUUCCAAAAUUUUUUUAUCUGAUCAACUGUUUUUGUUAUUAAAUCACUUAACUUUAACAAGCAAUAAUUAGAAUGGUUUCAAUGGAUAAAAAAAAUUACAAAUCAAAAUUGUUUAAAAUAUAAAUAUUUCUUUAAAUGAGCAAACUAAAAAUAGGGAUUCUCAUUAAAGGUAAUUGAUGUUUAAAUUUUUUAAUCCUAAAGGUCUGAAAAAAAAUUGAUCAACUACAUAUUGCUAUUGAAUGUUUUCCUUUAAAAAAUUAAACAUUUUUAAUAGUUUCCAAGAAAAUAAGUGUCUUAUCUUUAAUCAAUCAUUCUGUAUAUUGUUGUUUACAUUUAUAUGUUUUUUUUAAUUUUCAAAAUAAUCAAUUAUAAAUACGUGUUAGAAAUCUGAUAAAUAACAAUGAAUCAACAAUUUUCUUUUAAUUUUUUUUUUAUGGUAAAAUUAACUGAAUAUUAAUAAAUAUGCCGAUUAAUUUUUGGAAUCUCAAAAGAGGAACAUACAUGUUUGAUAUAUUUAUACUUAGAUACUUUUAUUUUUAUGGUUUUAUUUUUUAGUAAAAAAAUUGUUUUGUUAGGCUAAUGCUCAAUAAAUUUUUUUAACGUUACAAAACAAUUUUUCAACUAUAAUGUUCUUUAGUAUCUAAUAUUAAAAACAAAAAUGGCUAUAGAUUGUAUGGUAGGUAGUAAAGUAAUUGUUAGGAGCUUUUAGUUGUUAAAAAUAAAUAAUUAUGUAAAAUUGAUAAAUUUGAGUGAUUA